GAAGCCCUCAGCGACGAAGAAGAGAAGGAGGAAUAGGAAGAGGGGGAGUGGAGGCGCGAGUCAAUCAUGGCUGCAAACCAUGUACGGCUGUUAAAUAAAGUGUACGUUUUCUUAUUGUUAGUACUAGCUUGUGUCUCGGCGUUUUUAAACUUGGAAGAAUUGAACGAGAUGAAAUAUGAGCUCAAGAUUCUUCCUGAUCCUGUCAUCAUGGGCCAGACCAAGACGGACGAGGUCAUGAUGGUGUCCAGCAAGUACAAACAGCUGUAUGAAUGUCGACUUCCAGCCCAGGCGGUCCGCUUUCACCAGGACUCUGUGUCCGAUCCUGAUUCUCAAGGGUACACAGGGCCGGAAAUCCCUGAUCUACUUAGCCCCAUGCGAGAGUCCCCCUGUCUUGUGUUGACAAAAGAUUGGUGGACAUAUGAGUUCUGCUAUACUCAGCAUAUCAGACAGUACCACCUUGAAGAUUCCGAAAUCAAAGGAGACGUUCUCUUCCUGGGCUAUUAUGAGACUGAAUUUGACUGGAGCAAUGAAACCGCAAAGACGUCAAAACAGCACAGACUAAAACGCUUCCACAGUCAGACCUAUGUAAAUGGCUCUAAGUGUGACAUCAAUGGGAAUCCCAGGGAGGCUGAAGUUCGGUUUGUAUGUGAAGAGGGUUCGGGUGACUACAUCGCGCGAGUGGAUGAGCCACAGUCAUGCCGUUACGUGCUGUCCAUUCAUACAAGUCGCACGUGCCAGCAUCCUUUACUGAGCCCUCCAUCCACUGCCAAGCCCCAGGGGAUCGUAUGCCAGCCGGCACUAAAUUCACAACAGUACAUGGACUAUGUCAAAGCUCAAGUCUCGGACACAAAGCGUAAAGUGGAGCAAAUCUCUGAGGAGUUGAGGAGCAUUGAUGAGAUGUUGGCUGGGAAUGAGGAGGCAGCGGUGGACGUAACCGUAGAAGAAAGCUCUCCAGAUGCCAUCAAUGAUCAGGACACGUUUCACAAGAAAGAUACUACUGACAUGUCUGAGGAUGUAGAGUCAGAAGACCUAGUGGAUUCUCAGAUAUUAGAGGGAAAUACAAAACCAGGGACUUCAAAAACAAGCACUUCCCAUGAUGACAGCGAGCAGGCAGAUGAUGAUGGCUUAAAUUCAGUCGUAGAAAAUGAAGUCAUAGAUGAUGGAAAUGAAGCCGAAAAUUUCAACUUUAAGAUCAUCACUGACCCAUCAGACCUAAUGAAAUUUGUCCAGCAUCUCAAGGAGAGUAACAGAAAGAAAGCACAAAAACAUGCAAACAAAGAAGCCGAGAAAAGCGGAUCCAUAAAGAGCCGAAAAGAUGACAGCGAGGAUGAUGAUGAUGAACGGCUCCUUCAGGAGUUUGAAGAUGAAAUGGCGGACAUCUCUUUACCAGUUGAUAAGACUAACGAGAUUAAGGAAACGAUGCAAAACGAGUUUGAUAACAUCAUAAAUGAGGCACAGCAAGAAUUGGAGACAGAAGGGCUGAAGGGGGAGUUUGAUCGCACUCAGGCGACACAGGCACUGGAGACGACGCUCGAUAAGCUUCUUGAUCAUUUGGAGGGGAAAGAGGAGCAAGAACCUAAGCAGCAAACGACAGGGGCACCGAAGGCAAACGACCCAGCACGGGGAAGUCCCAGCCUGGUUCCAAGGAAGCCCGACCAAGAUGCUGAUGAUGACCGUGUUAAGAUCAAAAUUACUAAGUAUAAGACAGGCAGCAGCUCUGGUGGGGAGUUCAAAGUACAGGAGUUGGGAAAAGGAGAUCCGCAAUGGCAGCACAUUAAGGACGUGGUUAAAGAACAGCUAGAGAAAGCAGGACUGAAGGCCGAAGGUAAAAUUGAAGUAAAAAUCUUGACGCGAAAGCAUGCAGAUGAGACAGGUGAUCAGUGGCUGACUGAGGAAGACACAAAAUCAUUCCGAGAGCUCCUCAUAAACCUGCUGACUGGAGGAACGGAAGAAGUUCACAAAGAGCAAAAGAGACAACAGGAGCUAGAGAACAACUAUAGGUUUGUUUGGGGCGAGGGCCAAGAGGAUUCACAGUCUUCCAGCAACUCUGAUUCAGACGACGUGGAUUUGUGAGGUCACUCGCACACUGCGUGCCACUGUGGUGAAGAUGAUGGCCAGCAAGCUUGGGGAGACCACAAAGCACAGUCCCCAAUCGACAAAAUGAAUCUUACAAAGUCGGCAGGUGAUAUGACUUCACGUUCGCGCCUUCCAGAACCUGCAAAACGUCUUUAGCGGGCACAUAGAUUUAAUUUGUGCAAAAGAAUCACUGUCCGCUUUACUUGAAUUUUUUUUCCUUUCACUAAAUGGCUGCAAAAAACAGAAAAUGGACAAAGCCAACCUUUUGUAUAAAUAUUUAAAUCAGUCAUGCUACCUAUCUGGCAUGGUUGUCACUGGUUGCAAUAUACAAAGAGUGCCCUAGUGGUGGACAACACUACACCUCAAUGCUUGCACAGGUCAUUUAUAUUCUACUGAUGAAUAUGAUACUACAUGGGAAGGAACUUGGCAAACACGUGUACAUUACACAUGCUGUGGCACUUUAGGAUUUUCACACUAAUGCCAACAAAGGGCUUCCUAUGGUUUGGCAAAUGGAUGAGAAACAUAACUAUUCACUGUUGUGGUUUGAUUUAGUUCUGUCAUUGUUAUUUAAAUAACUGAAAUUGUGGAAAGUUCCAUGAAUAUGAUGUAUGAAAAAAUGUCGAAGUUCUCAGUCAAUGAGGUUAUGGUAAUCAGUAAAAGUUGAGUCGAGGCAACUGGGCUCUGUUUGGCAGAUAUUUCCAAUUUAGUCAAAAGUCACUUCUAAAUUGUGUAGUCCCCUAUUUAUGAGACUUACCACUGAAUGUCAUUGACCAGCCGAACCUGGUGACAAAAAUGUCAUGUUAACACCACCAGGAAACUGGACAGAAAAUGACGACGAUAAAAUGUGUAAUGCAAAUAAAGAGAAUCCAGUAGUCUCAGUUCAGCUUUUUCUGAAUUUUCUCACAAAUUAAUACAUUCUCCCAAUGUAUCACUGGUGUACCUAAAGGGUUAAAUUUGAGGAUUUGGAAUAAUUAUGGGUCGACCUGUAUAUAUGUUUUGAUUUUUUUUUUUUUUUUAAUGUUU